UCUCACCAACUAUUAUCCACUUCUCCUAUAUAAAUACCAACCUCAAACCAUUCUCUUCUUCAAUAUAAAUCACUAUUGCAGCAAACUUUUCAUCUUUAAAAUAUUCAAUUACUUCAAACUAUCAAAAAAAUGGCCAUUAUUCUUGAUGAUGAAGCCCCUAUUCAUGGAGAUGUCUUAGAGGUUAUUCUUUCGCACGUGCCACUUGUCGACUUGGUUCCCGCUUCGUGCGUGUCAAAAUCAUGGAGCCGAGCUAUAACCUCUUCUCUCCGAUGCUUUAACAAACCAAAGCCGUGGCUCAUUAUCCACACCCAAUGCACUCGCUCCCCCUAUGACAUUUCUGUACACGCUUAUGACCCCCGCUCGCACGUGUGGCUUGAGAUAUCUCAGCCGUCCAUUAAGUACGUCUCCGCCCUCCGAUCAUCCCAUUCCAAUUUGCUCUACAUGCUUUCGCCUUCAAAGCUCUCUUUCUCAUUCGACCCGAUGAAUGUCACGUGGCAUCACGUCGAUGCACCGCGCGUGUGGCGGACAGAUCCUAUCGUGGGUCACGUAGCCGGCUCUAUCAUUAUAGCCGGCGGUACAUGCGAUUUUGAGGACGAUCCUUUGGCCGUGGAAAUCUACAACAUGGAGACUCGCACGUGGGAAACGUGUGAGUCCAUGCCCGCGAUACUCAAAGACUCCGCAGCUUCCACGUGGCUGUCAAUUGCCACCACCGGCGAUAAACUCAUUGUCACCGAGAAAUUCACUGGCGUCAGUCACUGCUUCGACCCAACAACCAAGAGUUGGGCCGGACCUUACGAGCUAAGGCCCGACCCACGAAUUUUCCACUCGAUCAUUGGAUUCUCCAAUGAUCGUCUGAUACUCAUUGGCAUGAUCGGAGACGCUGAAAAUGUCACCGGAGUUAAAAUUUGGAAAGUGAACACGGAGAAUUUUGAGUGUCAGGAAAUGGGGGAAAUGCCGCCGGCGCUAAUUAAGAAGCUGAAAAGUGAAACUUUUGGAGUUUCUUCAGUUAGUGUGUGUUUAGCUGGAGAUUAUGCAUACAUGUACAAGUCGUCGGAGAUGGCGGAGGAGAUAGUGGGUUGGGAGUUCAAGAACGACGGCGGAUUACGGUGGUGGAGCAUGAAAAAUGCGGCGGCUGGCGACGGAAAUAGAUCGGAGAGAGUGGUGUUUACUUGUUCUGUUAUUGGGUUGCCCGAUUUACAGCGAGCUAUGUCAUUGGAAAAUCGAAAAUUUACUGUGAAGCUGUGAAAAUUUGACGCAUGGACAAAAUUAUUUUUUUAUUUUGUAUGUUGCGGUUGAUUUAUAGUUCUUUUUUUUAUUAUUUAAAAAUUGUUGCUACCAACCCUUGGUUAAUUGAUUAGAGCAGAAUUUGACUAAUUUGGCAAGUCACCAACAACGGGUCCACUUUUUGUUA